AUGAAAGAAUCCCUAGCUCAUGGAAUUUCAGGAUCUCUAAGCGCAUUAAUAGCUGCGAUUUUUCUUCAUCCUUUUGAGUCUCUCCGAACUCGUAUGCAAGCCACUCACCAAAAAGUUACUUUUUUGAGCUUUAUUAAAAGCCUCCACAAAACAGAAGGCUUAAAAUCUUUAUACUCACUCCUCCUCCUCCUCCUCUCCCGAAAAUUUUUUAUGGAAAAAAAAUUUGAUAUAUAAGUGAUAACUAGUAUAAUGAAAUCUAGAGUUAAUUCUGUUUGAUUUUAAACAAAUUGCUUUUUAAAACAUAAAUUUUAUAAAUUAAAUUAAUAUUUGCUUCCAAUUUUUGCAAAUUAGGAUUUUUUUAAAUUUCGAAAAAAAUUUUAAUUUAUAUAGAAAUUUUUUUUAAAAAAAAAAUUAACCCCUCCGUGAGUGAACAAAAUUUUUUUGUUCACUCACAGAGGGGGGAGUCAGGGUUUUUAUCAACGCUUGUCAGUGCAGUAACUACUCAAGGGAUUUAUUUCCUCAUCUAUAGAAUUAUGCAAAGUUAUUUUAAGCGAUCCAAAAAAGUAUUCUCUGCAAAAAUAAAAUUAUUAAUAUUACGAUUUAUAAGGAAUAAGUCAUUUUUAUUAUAAUGAAAAGCUUAAAUCAAACUUAAUUUAUUUAUAAAGAAGUCUUCUGCAAGCCUGCAGACCAUUACUCGGCCCUGCAUAAAGCUCCACUACUUACUCGCCAGUCCGGACAGGCCUUUCACAGUGUUGCUGCUUACGGACGAGGGCUUGCAUUCGUUGCACGAGAGUCAGAGACACUGAGUCGCUAUGCCGUACAUCAAUUAGGUUUGCCUUCCAGAAAUUCGAAAAACGAAUUUUUUGGUCAAAAUGGAGCUCGGACAGGACACAACGCCUAGUAUCGGGCUGAGGAUUUUGCCCGAUUGACCAAUUAACAUCCUCUGGCCUUGCUGGGCCUCCCUUUUCCAACUCCAGCAAAUAAUCUCCUUACAGGGUAUAACAUUAACUAGAUGUGAGUAUGCAGUCGGCUAACCAGACAUUGCGCUACACCAAACCAAGUAAAACAGGCUGAAUGCACCUUUCCGAACGCUAUCCUCUUACCGCAAGGUGUCCGUUUUUUUCGAAUGAGCCUGCUCUUAAGAGGACAGGUUAGCUCACAGCACCCAUUUUAAUGCACAUUAUAAUGAAGAGCAUAUUAUCGAUAACUGAUAGUCUCAUUAUCAGUUUUAUAGCAAGUUCUAUCACUACUGUUAUUAAUACCCCUAUAUGGACAGUCAACACAAGACUUAUGAAAGAAAAAUCUAAGCAAGGGAUUAUUGAAUGCUUCCAAAAAAUUAUUGAAAAAGAAGGAAUUUUAGGGCUAUUUAAAGGACUGUCUGGAAGUUUAGCUCUGACAUUGAAUCCAAUGAUUCAAUUCGCUAUUUAUGAGCACAUUAAGCAAAAAUUCAGUAAAAAAUCAAACGCUUUAGUUUACUUUUUAUUUGGCGCUUUUUCAAAAUUUAUUUCCACAUUAGUAACUUACCCAAUAUUUACUAUACUAAUUUUUAUGAAAUGUCUAUUAUAAAAUAUACCGUUUUGAGUUUUAAAUCACCUGAAUAUAGCCCGUUUCCAAAUUGCAACAUCCUGGUUUUCAAUUAAAACAAUUCAUUGAGCUUUGCAUUUCUAAAAUGGAUAGCAUCAGCUCAAUCCUUAAUGAAUAAAUAUAAAUUUCUAUUAAUCUUUCAACAAAAUUACAAAGAAAAGUAUAUUAGGACAAGAACUCAGAUCGAGGAAAAAAAAGCUCUAGGCUUUAUUGAAGUCAUGAACUUCAUUCUGCAAAAGGAAGGACUCGGUGUACUUUAUAAUGGCCUUUCCACCAAGCUUAUGCACACAGUUUUGAAUUCUGCUAUAAUUUUAGCUGUCCACGAAAACCUAGCUAAAGCAAUAGUCUUAGUUUUAACUAAAAAUAAAUAA